AUGACUGAUUCACCUGCUUCCUCAAAUCUGGCCGUCGAGACAGACCCUAAAAACAAGCGCAAGGCAUCGACAGCGGGACUCUCCGCGAACGCCCGUCCGGUGAAAAGGCGGGCUUCAAAGGCCUGCUGCUGCUGUCGCGCACGCAAGGUGCGGUGCGAUGUAGUAGAAAAUGGCUCACCUUGCACAAAUUGCCGGUUGGACCAAGUAGAAUGUGUCGUCACAGAAAGCAAGCGGAGAAAGAAAUCUCGAGUUGACACCGAGAUCUCGAAUCCUCGACUUUCGCAGUCGCCUGCCGAGAUUCUUGACGAUAGCACACUCUUUGGAGGCUUUGGGGAGACCCAUGCAAUCCCCCAUGCGGCGCCGACAUCUCCAUCUCAGGGCUCCGUAGACAUGGAGCAAGGGCAGCAUAUGCCCCAUUUACUAUAUCAGAGCCAAGUCAACCGAGUCGACCCAGGAGACCGUUUUCGAAAACGCAUGGCUCCGAACCCCCUGGUGCCAUCGAGUAUGCCCUUGUCUCAUGUUACAACCGAGAUUCAACAAUUGCUCGACCCGUCCUUCGGCAGCCCCCGGUCAACUGGCAUUGCGCUACCGGACUAUAUCCGAGGCUUACCGGGCCGACUACAAAGGGAAGAUAUUGAUUACCUCGCCAUGAAAGGAGCAUUGACAGUGCCUGAUGUCACACUGCGCAACGAACUACUCAAGGCUUAUAUCCACUAUGUGCAUACGUACAUGCCUCUUUUGGACUUGGAAGACUUUUUGCAAACCAUUGUUCAAAAUGACGGCAUUCGUCGCAUGAGCCUCUUGCUCUUCCAGGCUGUCAUGUUUGCGGGUACAGCCUUUAUCGAUCUGAAGCACCUUCAAGCUGCGGGAUAUCCGUCGCGAAAAUCGGCUCGGAAAGCGUUCUUCCAGCGCGCAAGGUUGCUUUACGAUUUUGAUUACGAGGUCGACCGCAUCUCGCUUGUCCAGUCCCUUCUGUUGAUGACUUAUUGGUAUGAGACUCCAGACGACCAAAAAGACACCUGGCAUUGGAUGGGUGUCAGUCUGUCCCUCGCUCACACCAUUGGUCUGCAUCGUGAUCCCGCAAACUCCCGAAUGGACAUCAGGCGCCAGCGCAUGUGGAAACGCAUUUGGUGGAGCACUUAUACUCGAGAUCGCUUGAUUGCCUUGGGAAUGAGACGUCCCAUGCGUGUCAAGGAUGACGAUUGUGACGUUCCUAUGCUGACUCUUGAUGACUUUGAGUUCCACCCGUCUUCUCCCGAGAUCGUGAGCAUGGUAGGGAAUUCUGAAAUACUUCAAAGUGUCGCCCAUCAACGAGAGCUUGCGUCGAUGUUUAUCGAGAAGGCGAAGCUCUGUCUUUGCGUCAGCCACGUUCUUUCUGCUCAGUACUCUGUCCUGAGUCACAAGUUUGGUGGCACUAUGGAGACUACCAUGAUGCUGGUGCCCAAGAAAUCAGCAGCAGAGACCUUUGAGGUUCGACGAUGUGAUCAGGAGCUGGAGGAUUGGCUAGCCCAUCUUCCGUCUGAGAUUCAGUACUCCCCUGCAGCACCAGCAAAACUAAGCGAGGCGGAAGAGGUGUUGCAUUCCCACCGAGCUUUACUCAAGAUGGUGUACUUGACAACCUCAAGUGCUCUGCAUCGACCCCAGGUCCUUCCCGCUGUUCCUUUCCCGUCAAUGGACACCGAGUUGCAAGACAUGUCUCGCAACAAGGUUCGGUUCGCUGCUAUUGAAAUUACGAAUAUCGCCCAAGACCUGCACAGUCUGGAUCUGACUCGCUAUUUCCCCACUACUGGUGUCACAGUCCUUCUCCCCGCCGUCAUUAUCCAUCUUUUGGACAUCAAGUCCAGCGACCAGAACGUCCGCAUGACCAGUUUACAACGCUUCUACCAAUGUAUGCGCAUCCUCCAGCGUCUAAGGGAAAUCUAUGCGUCGGCCGACUUUGCAACCUCCUUCUUGGAGGCUGCAAUCAGAAAGGCCGGAAUCCAGCUUACCGUGCCACCUCAAGAGCUGCAAAAACGCUCCAACAACACUGGAGCGUCUCGUACCACCGCCUUGACGCCGCCUCCGGAUUCUCUUGCCCAAAAGAUUCCCGAUCUGACUUACCCAAAGACCGGCUCGGCCGGAGGGUUGACGUUGAACUUGGUGGAUGAAGCUCAACAAGCUUUUGCCGCCUCUACUCCGCCGCCUUCUGAUGGUAGUGAAAAUGGUAGCACAAACAACAUCAACCCGAGCUACCAUCGCGACGCGUUCAGCAUCCCCAGCAUUGACGACACCGAAUUGAGUCUGAGCCAGCUCAUGGAUUUGGCAAACGAUGCCGAAGUGACGCAGAACGAUUUCGAUGCGUUGAUUAACUUUGAUGAUGCUGGCGCGGAUUUCUUCUCUUCGGAAAAUGGUAUGGAGGGUAUGACGAAUGACGCAAGCGGCAAAAACUUUCCAUUCACGUUUUCGGACAUUGUCGGGCUCGAUGCUGGGAACAAGGACGACGCUGCGGCAAUCACUGGGGCCGAUGCAGCGGCUCCUAAACUCGAUAUGGAUCUUGGGCUCGGCCUGAAUGUCUGA